AUGUUGAACAAGGAGAAUAGUACUGUUUCAAGGGCAUGGGAGGCCACUUUGCGCAAAACACAUGCAGCAAAGAAACGUGCAAAUAGCAUUUUUGGUACAAUAGCUUUAGCAAAUGCAACAGCUACUAACACCACCACCACCACCACCACCAAUGCUGUUGAAGACAAUGAUAAAAAUUGCACCAUCUCUGAGGCAGCAUACUUCACAGAGAAAAUUCUACCUAAUGGGGAGUAUUAUAAAGGUCAAUGGUGUGAUAAUUUCCCUGAAGGUCAAGGCAAAUAUUAUUGGAUUGAUGGAUGCAUGUAUGUUGGAGAAUGGCAUAAAGGCAAAACUAUGGGGAGAGGAAGGUUUCGAUGGCCAUCUGGUGCUACAUAUGAAGGGGAGUUCAAAAGUGGGUACAUGGAUGGUACUGGUACAUAUGUUGGAUCGAAUGGGGAUACUUAUAAAGGACAAUGGGUAAUGAACUUGAAACAUGGUAAUGGCAUUGAGUAUUAUGCUAAUGGCGAUUGGUACGAAGGUGAAUGGCGCCGUGGUUUACGAUAUGGAAUCGGGAAAUACCAAUGGCAUAACAAGAAUCAUUAUGAUGGUGAAUGGAAGAAUGGGGUGAUUCAUGGUAAUGGGUGUUUUGUAUGGAUUAAUGGCGAUCAGUAUGAUGGAUGUUGGGAAGAUGGAAUGCCGAAAGGUAAUGGUACAUACCAAUUGUCUGAUGGGAGUUUUUAUGUUGGAUAUUGGAGUAAAGAAGAAAAUGAACAAAAUGGUACAUAUCAUCCGUCAGAAUCUUCUUCAAAUGAUGUUGAAUGGGAUCCUAAAAUUGUGUAUAACCAAUUAGCUGACUGCAAAAUUUCCCCUGGUGAAAAGGUACCAAUCUUGCCAUCACAAAAGAGAUUAGCGAUAUCGUAUUCGUCUAACAACGCGGAGAAAUCGAGGAGACCGUCGAUUGAUGGAAGAGGAAGCUUAGUCUUAGAAAGACCAUUUGAUAAAAUGAAUCUAUGGGAUGAAAAUGAUAAUGAUUUCAAUAGUUUUGAAAUGAGUAGACAAUUGGAUUGUGAGUUCUAUGGUGUAAAUCCUGCAGAAUCAAAUUAUAAGUUCAACCCUGUAUUACCAUUGAAGGUACCUAAGCCUGGUAAUAGGCAAGGUGAAACAAUAUCUGUAGGACAUAAGAACUAUGAACUUAUGCUCAACCUGCAAUUGGGAAUAAGGCAUUCAGUAGGAAGACCUGCACCACCUACAAGUCUUGAUCUUAAAGCUUCGGCUUUUGACCCUAAAAAGAAAAUUUGGACAAGGUUUCCACCGGAAGGUAGUAAAUAUACUCCACCACAUCAAUCUUGUGAAUUCAAAUGGAAAGAUUAUACUCCAGUUGUUUUCAGGUCAUUGAGGAAACUAUUCAAGGUGGACCCUGCAGAUUACAUGCUAUCUAUUUGUGGAAAUGAUGCAUUAAGGGAACUAUCUUCCCCCGGUAAAAGUGGUAGCUUUUUUUACUUGACUGAUGAUGACAUAUACAUGAUCAAAACCAUGAAAAAAGCAGAAGUCAAAGUAUUUUUAAAGAUGCUUGCAGCCUAUUAUAACCAUGUUCGAUCCUUUGAAAACAGUUUAGUCAUAAAAUAUUAUGGCUUGCACUGUGUAAAGGUAACCGGUGCCAUACAAAAAAAGGUGCGGUUCGUUAUCAUGGGGAAUCUCUUACGCUCCGAAUAUACGAUUCACACACGCUUUGACUUGAAAGGAUCUUCAUUAGGGCGUGUAACAAAUAAGCCUGGAUCCGAGAUCAAUAGUACAACUAUACUUAAAGAUCUUGAUUUGAACUUCAUAUUCAAACUGCAGAAAGCUUGGUUUCAUAAGUUUUGUUGGCAAAUAAAUAGGGAUUGUGAGUUUCUUGAACAAGUUAGAACAAUGGACUACAGUCUUUUGGUGGGACUUCACUUCAGAGAAAUUUCAAGUAAUGGAGAGCUAAUUCCAUGUGAAAAACGUGAUCCUAGGAAUGAAUCAAGUAGUCUUCAUUCUAGAUCAACUUCUGAUCAACUUCUACUAGACCUUGAAAGGCAAGCUAACAUGGUGUUGGGAGCCAACAUGCCAGCACGAGUAGAAAGAACUAUAAGAAAACCUGAAUGUGAGUUACAACUUGUAGGAGAACAAACUGGGGAGUAUUAUAAAGUCAUAUUGUCCUUCGGCAUUAUAGACAUACUUCAAGAUUAUGACAUUACCAAGAAGCUUGAACAUGCAUAUAAAUCAAUUCAAUACGAUCCUACUUCUAUAUCAGCCGUGGAUCCUAAGCUGUAUUCUAAGCGAUUUCGAGAUUUCAUAUUCAAAGCUUUUACUGAAGAUACUUAG